AUACAUUUUAUCCUCUACACAACACAGAAGGGCACAAGUAAUGGAAAAUGGGGGGAGGAAAAAAAAUAACAUGCACAUAAUGAGGCAAGAAAAAAAAUUGAAAAAAAUAUUCCGAAUCGCCUGCAACAAUAUUACAAGAAAACGACAGUCAGAAGAUGAUGUCACAUGAUUUGACAUGAUUUAAGAAGUUGUAAUAUGAGGACAAAGCAUCAGAGUAAAGGCGUUGUAUUCCAAGAAAUUCUUUUCCUGAGAUGAAUUCCUAAAACGCUAAUGGUGGAUUUUAAAGCAAACGAACAACGAGGCAGGUAUCACAAUAUUUAUUGAGACAAAUGGAGCACACAAGCCUGAGGGAAAUGCAAAUAACAAGCGCCUUGACAAAGGUUACUGACGCAGGAGACUCCGCCCGCCAACGCUCUCUAUGGAGACUGCAACUGAAAGACAAAAACACAAAAUGUUGUAAUAGUAUGAGGAAAAGAAAUGUAAUUCAGUUGUGCAAUUACAUGGAAAAACUUUGUAAUAUUACGCACUAUGAAAGUAAAAUUGAACGACUACGAGAAUUACAAGAAUAUUCCAAGAAAAAAAAAUAGUUAUGAGGAAAAAGAAAGUUUUGAGAAAAAUUAUAUUGGGAGAAAGAUGUCUUAAAAAUGGCAAUGCUGCAGAACGAGCAAAAAAAAAAAAGAAAAAAAAGUUGUAAUUUCACUUGAAAAACUAAAAAUUUUACCAGAAUAUUUCAAGAAAAAAAUGGCAAUAUGGUGAGGAAAAAACAGUUACUCGCUCAUACAUUUGAAGGGAGCUGCUGUGAGGUUUUAUUUUGAAGGUGUAGCCGGAAGCCUUUCCUUCCUGACGUGUCUCUGCUUUCAUUUUGAAGGCUUAACCGGAAAAUUGAUCUUACUGCGCGACCCCACUUUGUCACCAAAGUGGUACUGUACAAAAGAGAGGCUCUGACCCCCCAAAAAUUCCUCCAUAAAAAAUCAACUCUUUCCGUGGGUGGGGUGGGGCAAUGAGAGGAAGUUAGUCGCGUCGCAGCGUGUCACAGCGUUUUACCUUUUUUAAGGGACUUGCUGAGUGCUAGCUCGUUAGCUCACUCGCUACAUCAACGAAGACGCGACGAGACAAGUGUGGCGACAAGAAGAAGAGCGGCGCGCGCGCGUGUGUGUGUCUCGGGGGGGAGCCGGCUUUCAUUAGAGGCCGUGACGACGAGCUGGAGAGCUUCCACACACCCCCCACUCCCCCCACGCUCGUCUCUUUUCCGGUGCAGCAUCCCGUCGAGAUGGACAACCUGAGUGACGCCUUGGCGAAGCUGAAACUUGCAUCCACAGACGGCGCCUCGGACAGCGUGGAGAGCUGUCUGGACUGCCUGCUGAAAGCGCUCGUCAACAACAACACGGAGACCAGUCUGAAGAUCCAGGAGAUGGGUGUUCUUCCCCUGCUCCCCACCCUGCUAAGCCCCCAGUCAUCCUGCUCCCCCAAAGUUGCCAAUAUCGUCGCUGAGGUGGCCAAAAAUGAGUUCAUGCGGAGUUCCUGUGUGGAAGCGGGCCUCAUCCCUCCGCUCAUUCAGCUGUUGAACUCCAGCGAUCAGGAGGUUCUACUGCAGACCGGCCGGGCUCUCGGCAACAUCUGUUACGACAGCCAUGAGGGCAGGAGUGCAGUUGACCUGGCAGGAGGGGCUCAGAUAGUAGCUGAACACAUUAAAACCCUCUCCCAAAAUACAGAGCCGGAAAAUGAGAAGCUCUUGACAGUCUUUUGUGGCAUGCUGAUGAACUAUAGCAAUGAUAAUGAUUCCCUACAAGGCCAACUGAUCAGCAUGGGCGUGAUCCCCACUCUGGUGAAGCUGCUCGGCAUCCAUUCCCACAACGCCGCCCUGACCGAAAUGUGUCUCAUCGCCUUUGGAAAUUUAGCCGAGCUCGAGUCGAGCAAGGAGCAGUUCGCCUCCACCAACAUUGCCGAGGAGCUGGUGCGCCUUUUCCAGAAGCAAGCGGAGCACGAAAAGAAAGAAAUGAUAUUUGAGGUCCUGGCUCCCCUGGCGGAGAACGAUGUGAUAAAGUUGCAGAUGGUGGAGGCGGGCUUGGUGGAAUGUCUCCUGGAGGUGGUGGCCCAGACUGUGGAUGGCGAGCGGGAGGAAGACGUCGCCCAGCUGAAGACGGCCUCUGACCUCAUGGUGCUGCUGCUGCUCGGAGACGAGUCCAUGCAGAAGCUGUUUGAGGGCGGGAAGGGCAGUGUCUUCCAGAGGGUGCUUUCUUGGAUACCGUCGCACAACCACCAGUUGCAACUGGCCGGCGCUCUUGCCAUUGCUAAUUUUGCCCGCAACGACGGGAACUGCAUCCACAUGGUGGACACUGGUAUCGUGCAGAAGCUUUUGGAGCUGUUGGAUCGACACGUUGAUGAAGGCAAUGUCACAGUUCAACACGCAGCUCUCAGUGCUCUUCGGAACCUGGCCAUACCUGUUGUGAACAAGUCCAAGAUGCUGUCAGCUGGAGUCGCAGAUGUGGUAUUGAAAUUCUCGCAGUCGGAGAUGCCACCGGUUCAGUUUAAGCUUCUUGGGACUUUACGCAUGCUCAUCGACACACAAGUGGAAGCAGCGGACCAGCUCGGCACCAAUGAGAAACUGGUGGAGCGGCUGGUGGAGUGGUGUGAAGCCAAAGAUCACGCCGGGGUGAUGGGCGAGUCCAACAGGCUCCUUUCUGCUCUCAUUCGACACAGCAAGUCCAAGGAAGUCAUCAGGACAGUCAUCCAGGGAGGUGGAGUCAAGCACUUAGUUACCAUGGCAACCAGCGAGCACAUGAUCAUGCAGAAUGAAGCGCUGGUGGCACUGGGCCUCAUCGCAGCGCUAGAUUUGGUUGCAGCGGAGAAGGACUUUGUGGCCGCGAACCUCGUAGCUGUGCUUCACAAGCUCUUGUCAGAUGAGAGGAGUGCGCCGGAGAUUAAAUACAACUCCAUGAUACUCAUCUGUGCUGUCAUGGGCUCCGAGCCCCUCCACAAAGAAGUCCAGAGCCGGGCCUUCAUCGACGUGGUGUCCAAGCUUCGCGCGCACGAAAACAAGACCGUGUCGCACCAGGCGUCGCUGACAGAGCAGCGGCUAACCGCCCAGAGCUAAACGACCGUGUUCGCCAUCAGCCCCCCGCCCCCAGCCACGGCACCCCAAAGCCCUGCGCCUAAUCACCCGAUGAAUGCUCUACCCCUUGUACUGUAACGCCAUCGUCACGUGCCAAGGUACCAUGUUGCGUCGACUGCCAGACAGACAUCCUCUUGACUCGUGCUAAGGACAGACCGACGUACGUCACGUAUGAAUUGAGUUACAUGUGCGGAGUACCAAAACCCGCCGUCAUAAUAAUGCGAUUUAGCUAGGUGAGGUAGCACAUUUUGACGCGUCAGGCUUUCCUCGGUCCCUCGGCUUGUGCAUGCUAGUGUUGUCACGGUACCAAAAUUCUGACUUUGAUAGUGUACCUGCAUAAAUUACCUCGAUACCGAUACUGAAACGAUACCACGGCAAAAACCUCAAACAUCAGUAACAGCGGUGGAAUCAUAUUGACGAAACACAGAUCUUCAAAUUCUUAGCAUUUCAAAAAAAAUACUGGGCAGUGUCAAAUAUUUCUUGAAAUGAUUCAAUAAGUAUCAUUUAAAAGGUUGUUCCAUCAGCCUGUCGCUGGUCUUUCACAUUGUUAGCAUUAAGCUAGCAGACUUUUGUUCGAACAAAUGAUGCGGUUUGGUUGAAGAUUUUAGGGCUUAACUAUACUGUACAAUGUUUAGUUCUUUGUUUUAGGUAUCGGUUUGACACUAAACUUAAACUUGAACUUGUAGUGCACUGCUGAUUAGGCUUCAGGUGCUGUUCUUCCGCGCUUGCUGUACUGUUGUUGUGUGGGCCCCCAGAAGCUGAAUAAAGUCGCUACAGUCUACCGCAGCGCGUUAGUCCGGCUUUCGUUCUUUCCACAUACAAAUACAGCACAUAUUUCUUACGGGAGAGACCAAUAAGCAUCUUCAAGCGAGGACAUUCUAUCUCUUUUUUGGGAGAAAUGUUUGCAGAAGUACCGCUACUAAAAAUAUGUGGUAUCGUUUCAUUUUGGAUGGCGAGAUAUUGCGCUACUUUUGUAGUGCCGGUAAACCGUGCAACCCUCGUGCAUGCGUCUUUGCGACACUUGUAGAACAAACGUGACGCCGGCUGCCCUGUUAAACCCAACAGUGUCGCUCCAGAAUGGUGCAUGUUUUCCUUUGGCCAGCAGAGUGGGGAACCUCUUUUAGGUUUUAUUUUUUGCAUUCUUUUGAGGUUUGAGUCUUAUUUUUAUUUAUUUUUGAAGUUUACGUUGAUCCAGUACGUGGUCUAGCUGCUGACCAAAGGGUCUACAGAUCUGUGGAAAAAGUCAGAACUAAAGAGUGAGGCACCUUUCAUUAGUCAGGUCUCCUUCACUCAGAAAAUGACCGUGUUACCUCAUCGUGUUACCUGGCUGUUUAUAUCCAAGUGCAGAGUAUCGGGCAUCUGUGAUCCUUUUGCACUCGGCCAACGCAGGAUAUUGAAAUUUGGUAGGCACGUCUGUCAUGAGUAGAACCACAAAAUGUCUUCAAAAAACUGCCUGAAAACACACAGGAAGUCAGCCAUUUUACAGUUUUUUUGGGGUCAUUUUCUGGUGUUCUCAAAAGACGAACUUGUCCAAUUGCUACCGAAUACGCGUACCCGACUAAAUUGCGAAACAUUGGACUUUUCGUCACUGCACGUGGGCACCAUCAGCUUUACGGAUGCUACGUCUGCUCCGGACACCGGCUCAUCUCUCCUUGGUAAACGUCAGCUCUACUGUAUUAUAGGUAGUGGAAAAGGGGCUCACGAAAUGAAGAAUUGAGUAACUACGAUAUGUUUGAGAGAGUAAAUAUGGAUCAUGUUUAUGCGAAUCAUUUCCCCCCUAACCCCACCGGUGUCAAUGGUGCAUUGCCGAAAACCCGUUGAAAUAUUGGUGACUUUAUUCAUUGGGAGCACAAAAGCGCAACAAAAAAAACAAACAAAAAAACGCAAUGAAUUUUUCGAUGUGGUUUUAGCAGUAAAUAAAAGCGCAGCUAGCGUCGGUAAGUGAAUGCACAUUAGUGAAGAAAUGCAUGAGCCGCCACAAGAGUGGGAUCAAUGAAGGAUGCUUUCUCAUAUCACAUCACACACACUGGAAAUCUUGGCAUGUCCCAACCUAUAACAAAUGUUACCAUCUCGUUGUUGUUUUUUUAAAAAGGUAUGGAUGGUUAUUGAUCAGAUUUGUGAUCUUAAUGAGUUGCAUCCAUAGCAACAGCAUAAAAGUACUAUAAACAAAUGUUUGUUGUAAACGUCAAAGCGUUGUACAUUUGGAGGAUUGUAACACAGAAGAUAAUUAAAAGAUAGCUCGCGCA